AUGCGACAAUCGGAACCCAAGACUGGCUUGCACACUGCCAGUGGCACCCGCCGUGAACUAGUCCACCUAGCAAUGCCAUGGGCAUUGCUCGUGUUGACCGCGGUGGUGGGAGCCGCCGCAUUGGCACUUGCAUCAAAAGAGGAAGGGGAGAAUGCCUCUCAUUAUUAUUCUUUGGAGAGCGGUGAAACGUUUGAUUGGAAUCGUUUGCUUUCAGAAUCAGCAUCAUCUGAACAUCACCACCACCACAAACAUGUCUACGAGGAGGCGCACAAGAAUUUGUUGCCUCUGUCAUUUUCCGAUAAGAUUGGCUUUACCUGUGCCAUUGUGGGGCUCAUGAUUGCGGCCGGAGGAGGUAUCGGUGGUGGUGGUGUUCUGGUUCCAAUUUAUAUCCUAGUGAUGGGCUUUACACCCAAGCAUGCCAUUCCAUUGAGUAACAUUACAGUCUUUGGUGGAGCCAUUGCCAAUUCCUUUUUGAAUGCCAAAAAGAGACACCCUCUCACCGAUCGACCAUUGGUGGAUUGGGACUUGAUUUUGGUCAUGGAACCAUUGACCAUUGCGGGAGCUCUCAUGGGUGCCUUUCUCAACAAGAUUCUUCCCGAGAAAUUUCUAGUGACCAUGCUAGUCUUGUUGCUGUCCUUUACUGCUUACACUACACUGAAAAAGGCUAUCAAAAUGUACAAACUGGAGACGAUCAAAAUGAGAGAACAAGGAUUUAAACCAGAUGGAACCAAGACGAGUGAAUUGACCCAAAUCAAGAAUGAUGAAGAGGCAGAAGAUCAAGCCGCUUCUUCUAGUGACCUUGUGGAGAAUAUGGAACUACAAGAAGGGGAAUCCCCAUCCGAAAAGGAAAACGAAAAGAAUUACUCUGCGGAACUUGCGGUAAUCUUGGAAGAAGAAAGAUUUGCCCCCAAAAUGAACAUCAAUAUACUCAUUGGACUAUUUGUGGUUAUUUUGACCAUGAAUUUAAUGAAGGGUGGUGGUGCCUUUCCUUCACCGAUUGGAAUCCAGUGUGGAUCUGGAAUGUUCUGGGCUACGAAUCUCGGCAUGUUGAUCUGGAUUUUGUUCAUUACAUGGUAUGCUCGGUCCUAUCUGGUCAAGAGAUUUGAAACAAAGGCACGAGUUGGCUACAAGUACGUGGAAGGGGAUAUCCAAUGGGAUAAGAGGGCGACUGUGGUGUACCCUGGAAUCUGUUGUCUGGCUGGUUUCUUUGCUGGAAUGUUUGGAGUGGGAGGAGGAAUUGUCAAGGGACCACUAAUGUUGGCAAUGGGAGUUCACCCAGCAGUUGCAUCAGCGUCGUCAGCUUGUAUGAUUCUCUUUACAAGUUUUACGGCUACGACUUCCUUCUUUGUCUUUGGUCUACUAGACCGUCAAUAUGGUCCAAUAUGUUUCCUGAUUGGACUUGUUGCUACAUACUUUGGUCAAAUUGGUUUGUCCAUUCUAAUGAAGCGAGCGCAACGUAACUCUUACAUUGCAUUCUCAAUAGGAGGGGUUGUAUUAUUGAGUGCCUUGCUAAUGACCAUUCAAUCCUUGCUGAGCAUGGCAGAGGGCGAACAUCACAAUUCGGGAGGAAUCUGUGGGAACGAUUCAUGA